AUGACCAAUGCAGAAGUGCUUCGUCAAGUAGAACAAGGUUAUCGUCUACCACGUCCAUUAAAUUGUCCACAAUCUCUUUAUGAGAUAAUGCUUGAAUGUUGGCAUAAAUGUCCUGAAAGUCGUCCAUCAUUUAACAGUUUACAGUACAGACUAGAAGAUCAAUAUACGGAGGGUGGAACAGAAAUUCAUAAUUUAUCCGUGCAUAAUUGA